AUGGCUUCCUCCCCUGAACCGGACUCGCUAGGCGACAGCUUGCUGGCCUGGGUCAGGUCGUUUGAGAAUGGCGGAAAGAUCGAGAAGCUCCGUGAGCUAGGCGACGGGAGGGCUCUGUGGGCUAUACUGCAAGAUGUCGACCCGGAGUACUUUUCUGGCCAGCUGCCGGAGCCGGACAUCGGGCAUGAGAGCGAGUGGACGCGGAGGUGGCAGAACCUGAAGCACCUGGAGAAACAGCUGUCCGUAUACUACAGAGAUGUCUGCAACGGGCAAGGCACUGCUCUGGCGAGCACGGUCCCGGAUCUCAAAGCCAUUGCCGCGGACGGCUCCACGAGCGAUCUCGAAAAGCUCAUCAUGGAGAUCAUACGCGCUGCGAUGGCGUCUCCGGAGUCGAAUCAGCGGAUGGGAAAGCGCUUGUUGGGUCUGGGCAACGAACAUGCAAUGGCCAUCGCAUACCAGAUCAGGAGCAUGCAAGAUGUGGAAGCGCCGGAUUCGGAGUCCGUCAGUCGAGACGAGUCUGCUUAUCAAUCGGAGCAAGAGACGCCGGCAAAGCCAGAGAUAUCGAGUGCGAAUGGGUCAAAGGAAACUGGAGGAUUGUUUGGGGAUCCUUUUCUAGAACGUGAAGAGGAGCUGUUGCAAGCGCAGGCCACAAUCGAGAAGCUGCAGUCAAGCCACGCCGAGGCGCAGCGGCAGCUGCAAGCGUUGCGGAAUGACAAGGAACAACUCCAAGAGGCUUUUGAUGCAUACCGGUCCGAGAUCAACAACAAAGGACGCAAAGCUACAGCAGAUGACGACUUCAAGAAACUCCAGCGGCAAGCGGAUAAUGAUCGAGCGUAUAUCGAAGAUCUCGAGAAUCAGCUGCAAUCCUCCAAAGAUGCAGUGGAAACGUACGAAAAACAGAUUUCGCAUUACAAGAGUGAGAAUGAGGCCAACAUGAAGUUUCGAGAUGACGCUCAGAUGCUGCGCGCUGAGAAUGAAGACCUGAAUCAAAAGGUGAGAGCCAAUGAGAACUUGAAAAAGAAGAUACAAGCACUACAAGAGCAGGAAAAGGCCAAUGCAUCUUUAAGGGAUGAGCUCAAGCUGGCGAACGAGCGACUGGAAGAUCUGGAGCGGCUGAAGGCCACGCAAGCAAGUCUCGAGAAGGAAAUCAUCGAGAAGAAGGGGUUGAUCAGAAACCAGGAGUACCAGAUCAAUGAGCUUACGACGACAAGAAAGCAUGCAGAGUACGAUGCACGCGUCUUGUCACAAAAGCUUGACGCGGCUCGUGAGCGUCAGGAACGCGAUCAUGAAGCGAUCACGCAACUACGCAACAAGCUAGAAGAGUCAAACAUCGAAGACGACAUUGAAAUCGAGGAGCCAGAGCCAAAGAGUGAUCCCUCUGAGGAUGAGGCGGAGUCCAGGCCUCCCGUACCAAGGACAGAUGAGAACAAGCACUUGGUCGACAAACUGGCAAUGCUGGAGAAGCAGCUUGAGGCAGCAGACGUGAGGUUGAAACAAGCCUCGGAACGCAAUGCGGCGCUCGAGGAGCAGGGCCGAGGCCGCGAGGCUUCCGAUGAAGAAAAGGAGAAAGCCGAGCAGCAGCUGGAGGAGAGGGAUGCUACCAUCACGGAGUUGCGGAAACAACUCGAGACAGUGGCGAAGUCACCAAGGGAAGAAGAGGCUCCUCGGGAUGUGCCUGCACUCGAGCGCGAGAAUCGCCUCAUGGUGACGGCUUGGUAUGAUCUCUCGAGCAGGCUGCAGAACAACGGUGUCUCCCUGGGUCGGCGGAGACAAGAGCCCAAGAGCUGGAUCGGCAAGCAGCGCGCCCUCGUUGGGCCGGCAAGCAGUCUGGCGGGUCGGUAG